GUGCUACAACACACUUUCUGGACAGAUCUGACUCUACGGCUUACCAACGACUCUUCUUCCCAAUCGUGACGCGAAUCACAACGUCACUAACCAUCAAAAGAGGAAAAACGAUGGAAAUUAAUUUAAAAGAACCUUCGAAGUACAAGCUGCCAUUGUUGAUCUGUUAUUGAUGGUUUCGACUUUGUAUAAUGAUAAAAUAUCAAAGUUUUAUACAAUUUUUUCGAUUUUUUUGGUUAAACAUCGCUGAAUAGAAGAAUGUGAAAGAAUGUACGGAUGGAAAAAUACUUUUCUUAUGGCCAUCAAUGUGAUAAAUGCUUUUUUCUGGAAAAGAAUUUAUUCCUAAAUGAGAAAAUUCGAAAUCGUUACAAUAACCUGAAUGAAAUGUAAGAUAAAAAUAUAUAUAUAUAUGUAUUAUCUAUAUAUACUAUGAGAAUUAAUUGAAAAAGAAAGCUUUUUCUAGAAAAUUUUGAAGAAAUGUUGUGGAUGGUGAUCGUUAUACUUCUAUCGAUGUCGAAGGCAUCCCUGUGGGAACAGUCGUGUCCCCAUUAUUGUACCUGUAUCGUAAGAGGAUGGCAAGUGUUAAAAUUAGAUGCCAAAACUGUAGAUUGUACCAACUCGUCCUUAAUCCAAAUACCGGAAAAUGUAUCCAUAGAAACGGAAGUUUUAAUACUUCGAUAUAACAUCAUUGGACACGCUUACCAUUUCAGCCUUUUAGACUUGGUCCAUUUACGACGUCUUCUCUUACUCGACUUAAGUUUCAAUCGAAUUCGUUCGUUAAAAAAUAUAGGAGGAAGUUUACCCAGCGUUAGAUAUUUAAAUCUAAGUUACAAUUGCCUUUCACGCUUAGAAGAGGGAAUGUUUCGUGGAUUUCCUCACAUCGAAGUACUUAAUAUCCGUUCUAAUCGUAUCUCUCUCAUUGCUCCCUUAUCUAUGCAGCUUCCCAAAAUGAAAUACUUGGACUUAUCUAAUAACAAGUUAUCUUAUCUUAGAACUCACUAUUUUGCUGAUUUACAUUCCCUUAGGGUACUCCUGUUAUCGAACAAUCAUAUUGGAAGGAUUUCCGAACCGAUAUUCCGCCAUGCAGGACCUGUAGAUCUCAUAGAUCUUGAUGGGAAUCGGAUUAGCAAAUUCGACGAAACUUCACUCAACUACAUAACUAGCAUCGGAGAAUUGAGGUUAUCUAGUAAUCAUUUGGGACACGUACCCACCGAAUCACUUUCUCAUGUGCCAUACAUUGAUAAAUUAACUUUAAACAAUAAUUACUUCAGGAUACUCCGCUCCAAUUCCUUCCGCUCCAUCAACGUUUCUGAAUUAUUCAUAUCGAACAAUGAAAAUUUAUUUGUUAUCGAAAGUAGAGCUUUUUCCGAUUUGUAUCUCUUAUCACAUUUAGAAAUUAGUGACAAUAAGAGACUGACUUACGUCGAGAAGAAAGCAUUUAAUAAUUUGCCACUAUUAAGAGUUCUUGAUCUGAGAAACAAUAACUUGUUGGGACUUCGUGAAGAUUUUCGACAUUCUGUCAACUCUCUGAAGAAUUUAACUGUGUCUGGAAAUCCUUUCUGGUGCACCUGUGAUCUGAAAUGGUUACAGGAAGUCUCCCUGAAGGAAACUUGGGUAGAAGAUGGACUUAAUGUCACCUGCACGGAUCCUCAAGAGGGAUUCCAUCGCAGUUUAAUGAAUUUGGACGAUCUUCCGUCCGAAUGCCCUCCUCUUAUUCUUCCUCUCUUUCCAGAAAUCGUGGAUCGUCUACCGGCUAACAACGUAUCGUUUCGUUGUGCAGCCACGGGUGUUCCUUUACCUGUCGUAGAAUGGAUACUUCCCACUAGAACAGUUAACACGCGUUGGAGCAUACGGAACGACGUGUUAUACGUCAGCUACCUUCACACGGAAGAUUCUGGCGAUUAUCAGUGUAUAGCUGUUAACCAGCAAGGUAACGAUACACGUAACGUUCGAUUAAACGUCAAAGAUUUAAAUAUAAUCAUGAUACCGGUAACGGUGGCUUCCACAUUCGUAACCCUGUCGUGGAAUCGUAGCGCCGCCGUUAUCGGCGAUUAUCUUCUUCAAUAUCGAAGAUUAAUGGAAGAUAAAGUUACCAGCAAGUCGAUUAGUACCGGUGUAAAGGUGCACUCUUACACUCUAAGUGGGUUACAUCCCGGAGAGACUUAUAUAAUCUGGUUAUGUUUGCAAAGGGAGGAAUACGUCAUCAGAUUAGGUUCUCUCCAAGUUACCACUAGAGAUGAAGGAUUUUUAUUGAUGUUAGGUAUUCGUACUAAUUAUCUUAGCGUUAUUUUAGUAGCUGCAGGUGCCAGUUUGAUAGUAUUUAGCUGUUUGGGUACGUGUCUAGUUAGGCUAUACAAAUGGAGGAGGCGUCAUCACAACGAGAUGGUUCUCAGCGAUAAUACUUCCCAACGUUGUUUUGCAGAGAGUGGUUCUGCCCAUUCUGGACUCGCCUUUAUGACCUUUGUCAAUGUGGCCGACGAAACAGUUCUGGUAGACAACGACGACGAAAGUUUCGAAUGACAAAACAUCACCGUUAAGUAUCAAAGAUAUGAAUAAGAGCCAUAUGGUGGCUGUCCCCGUAAAAGCACGAUCAUAUUUAUAUCAUAAAGACCAAAAACUCGAAUAAAUAUAUAUUUUUAAAGUUCAAACAAUCAUUUAAAAUUCCAUCCACGCAAGAAUAAUGCGAAGAAACUCAAAUAGAAUCCUCCUAGAUUGAGCUUAAUAAAAAAAAAGGGGUGCAAGAAGAUGACAAAAAAUAAAACAAAAUUAAUUUUAAUAAUAAUAGUAAUAAUAAAAUAUGUUUUUCUAUACCAUAAAAAAUAUUUUUCGAUUAAAUUCAUUCGCGAAAAUUUAAAUUUCUUUUAUUUGUCUGUACGUUUUCCCAGCAAGUAACAGAACAAUAACCAUGAAAGUUUUAUGCCCGGUUGCCAUAUUUACGACUCAUCCUCUACACAAUUAUUACCUAAAGGAUAUAAUAAUAAUAAAAAAGGAAGUUAGAAAAACAAAUUCCACUGUUUAAAAGUCGGAAAAAAGUCGCAUCAAAGUAGGAGAUGGUUUUUUAUUACUUUUUUUUUGCCAUCCCCUAUUGGGGAUGUGUUAUAUGUUGGAAAGGGGCAGCCACCAAAUGUGUCUCUGGAGUGCUAGGAUUCCAUUCAGUGAGUCCUCCUAUCUGUGAUAAAGACUGAAGUAUGUUCACUUCACUACUUCUACGUUAGCUGACAACCACAUAUCAUCGCCAUCUCUUCUUAGUUGCAAGCCAGGAAAAAAAUAUAAAGAAGGAAAGAGAAGAAGUAUAUAACAUUUGUCGUCGUCUUGGAUGAAUAUCCAGGAAAUUUUAACUCGAAAAUAACUAGAAAAUAAGAAAAAAAAGAGGAAGAAUUUUAUCAAAAACCUCGCGCCAUUUU